AAGGACUCCACCAGCAAGAGCUACGUCAACAACCUCAAGGUUCUGUUCUGCGAGGAUGGCAAGACCUUCGCUUCCAUGGCCACGCAGGCCUACCUCGACCUGGUCAAGGCGAGUCCUGCGAACAAGCGCGGCAACGGCCAGCGCUCCGCCUGCGUCCGGAAGUUCAUCGACUUCUGGAGGGAAAAGGGCGAGAAGAUGUGGAGCGAGAAGAAGGGCUGGUCGAGCCCGCCGUCGAACGAGCCCAAAUUCAUCCUCAAAGGAGCGCUAGGCUCCGGCCACGCCAUGGGCGAGGGCACCUUCGGCAGCGCGAAGCGGUCUGCCGACAGGCCCCUGGUGGCGGCGGCCGCUCCCACGGCGGCGCCCGCGCCCGCGGCGGCGCCCGCGCCCGCGGCGGCGCCCGCGCCGGCGAAGAACGCGUCGGCCAAGAACGCCCCCGCGUCGGCGACGAAGACGCCCCCCGCCUCACAGCCAGCGCCCGUGGCCGCCGGCGCCACCUCCUCGGAGCCCUCCGCG